GCCCGGCUGCCGGGCGGGGAUGCUGCGGCUGUACGGCGGGCUGAGGCAGCUCCUGUCGGGACGCGGGGCCGGAGCCUCUGCCCGGCUCCCCUCAGGCGCUGAAAUGCCCAAGAAAGCUGGUGCGACGAACAAGGGUAAGAACCAGAGCAAGGAACCAGAGGGACCACUUCCUCCCUUAGGUCCCGUGGCCGUUGAUCCUAAGGGUUGUGUCACCAUAGCCAUCCGUGCCAAACCCGGGUCCAAACGAAACGCUGUAACAGACGUGACAGUGGAAGCUGUGAGCGUGGCCAUAGCAGCCCCCCCGUCGGAAGGAGAGGCUAAUGCCGAGCUCUGUCGGUACCUCUCCAAAGUCUUGGAGCUCAGGAAGAGUGACGUGGUUUUGGAUAAGGGUGGUAAAUCUCGUGAAAAAGUGGUGAAGCUAUUAGUGUCCACAACUGCAGAAGAGAUCUUGGAGAAAUUAAAGCAGCAAGUCGAAAAAAAAUAAAAGCAAGUUAUGAGAAGUACAUCCUUGAGAAGCUUUUUAACUGCUAUUCAUGAAGAGGCUGUUAAGUAGGAAAAUAUAUUUCAGUGCACUGAAGAACAUGAAAAAAAAUUUAAGAACAGGACUCAAAAAAGAAGUAAGAAUUUUAAAAGUACUGUACGUUCAAUGUAGGUUCUGACAUCCAAACAGUUUGGAACACGUUAGUCCGAUUUCAUCGCAUUACAAAAUAACAGAGCUGGAAGAGUCAGGACGACCUCAGUCAGCCCCUUUCAUCCUGUGAUGGGGCUUCUGCUAUUCAGAAGUUGAGAGACUUGUUCAGGAUCACACCAUACAGGAUGGCAGCUGGAACCCAGGGCUCCUGGUUGGAUGCAGUUUAUCCUGAUUGUAAAUGAAGAUGUUU